CUCAGGUUUAACUUCCUGGAUCAGGGAGUAUAUUAGAGGCCAUGUGUCUCUCGUCCUCACUCAUUCAGACUUGGAAACAGUCAGACUCGGUGCUGGGGAAAGGAAGAAUCGUUUACUCCUGUUGACCUACUGCUUCAGAAGUCAUUAUGGCUUUGUCCUGGUUGCUGGUUCUGCUGGCGGUUACUUCCACUACCUUAGGCACCAACCCAGGAGUGACGGUCAGGCUGACCAAUAAAGGCCUUCAAUAUGGGAAACAACUGGGCAUUGCUGCCCUGCAGGAGAAACUUAAGUCUGUUCAAAUCCCGGACUUUUCAGGCUCACAAAGGGUGUCUCCCAUUGGCAAGGUCAAGUACAGUCUGACAAACAUUCGGUUAGUGAACGUGGGGCUGCCGCGGUCAGCAGUGGAUCUGGUGCCAGGGACUGGGGUCAGGCUGACUAUCGGAGAGGCCUUCAUGAAUCUGCAUGGAAACUGGAGGGUCAAGUACCUCAGAAUAAUAAAGGACAGUGGCUCCUUUGACGUCAGUGUGAAUGGACUCACGAUAAGCACAGUUAUCGCUGUGAAAAGUGACGCGGCGGGCCGGCCUGUGGUCAGCAAUACUAACUGUGUAGCCAAUGUCGCCAGCGCCAAAGUCAAGUUCCAUGGUGGAGCCAGCUGGCUCUACAAUCUCUUCAGCAAGUUUAUAAACAAGGCUCUACGAAACGCUCUGCAGAAACAGAUCUGUCCUCUGGUUGACAAAACAGUCAUCGGUUUAAACCCUAAGCUGCAAACACUCAACGUGCUGGCCAAGGUGGACAAAUAUGCAGAGAUUGAAUAUUCCAUGACGUCAUCUCCAGUUAUUUCACAAUCUUCUCUUGAGCUGAACUUAAAGGGGGAGUUCUACAACAUUGGAAAGCACCAGGAGCCUCCGUUCACCCCUGCAGCCUUUUCCCUGCCAUCAGAGAACAACAACAUGUUGUACAUGGCCCUGUCCGCCUUCACUGCCAACUCGGCAGGGUUCGUCUACAACAAAGCUGGAAUCCUCAGCCUGUAUGUCACAGAUGAUAUGGUCCCCAAAGCCUCUCCUUUCCGACUCGACACUAAAACGUUUGGCGUCUUCAUCCCACAAAUUGCAAAGCAGUUCCCAGGUCUGAAGAUGAAGCUGCUGGUGAGGACUGACAAGAAUCCCACCAUCACUUUCCAGCCCAAUAAGGCAACCGUCGAGGCCACUGGCACAGUGACAGCAUAUGCCAUCCAAACCAAUGGCACACUAUCCCCUCUUUUCGUCCUGAACUUGGAGACCAGUGUGAGCGCCGACAUGUUUGUCAGAGGACUGAACGUUGGUGGACGUCUGACUCUCAACCAAAUGAAACUGUCCGUCGGAACCAGCUAUGUGGGGGAGUUUUCGGUCGGCGUCCUUGACAGUGUGCUGCGAACGGUCCUCAAACUGGUAGUGAUACCCAUAGUUAAUGUUCAGCUUGGUAAAGGUUACCCACUUCCUGCACUUGGAAAAAUGAACCUCGUGAACCCCCAGCUUCGAAUCAUGAAGGAUUACAUGCUGAUCGGCACAGACGUUCAGUUCACAAGUUGAACUGCACAGACCCAAAAAUAGGAAGAAAACAACAACAGCUGUUCAAAGUCUGAAUAGAGUUUUAUUCCUAAAAAAUAAGUUGUUUUUUUCCAUUUCACCUCUGAUACCUCUUUUUGUUUUUCUACAUUUGGUUGAUUUUUUACUGUGUGUCUCUCUCCAUAAAACUGUGGAUGAAGUGCUUGUGUUGCUGCUGACUUUCAGCAAGGCAAGGUCCUUUCCAGAAAUAGUUUACUGUUUCCACUUUCAGCCGCUGACUUUGGCCAAAUUCUGUUUCAAUGUUUCUAGUUGAGUGAAAUGAUUCUGUAAAUUUGCUGAUCUGAGCAGUUCUCUUGCAGCCUGGAGAAUCACAUUAACACACCACAACAAUCAAUCAAGUGCAUCUGGGACAAAAUAAA